CUGAUUUUUAACAAACUUGCAGCCAAAAUUCAAGAGAAAUAUAUCAACUUAGAGCUAGAAAAAAGUCUUUCUGAGAAAACUGGGAGUCAUAACAAAAGUAUUGUGUUAAAUCUUUUUGUUCAGUCUAGAUUAAUAUAAUUGUUAAGAAAAUUAUCAAUUGAUUUCAUAGAACUGAGUUGGAGAUAUUUUCAGAUUGGUUUGUCUAAACACGAUAUCACAAAAGAAAUCACUGUAAGGCCAAAUCCAAGCCAAGAUGCAAGUGAUCAUCUUGUUAGAUCUGUAGCUAAGGUUUUUAUAUAAUGGCAGCUCCCACUAACACAUUUGAAAAAGUGAAGGCAGCAGUCUUAUCAGCCCAUAAAGGCACCACACCAGCAGAAAAGAUAAACUUUUAUAACUCCUGGGCAGAGAACUAUGAACAGGAUCUGGUAGUUCUGGAGUACCGUGCACCAAGUCUGGCUGCAGACAGCAUCUCCUCCCAUUUCAGCGGUGACCGUGAAUCUGCUGUAGUUUUGGAUUUGGCCUGUGGUACAGGUCUGAUGGCCAAACAGAUGAAGAGACAUGGAUUUGGACGAUUUUGGGGUAUUGAUGGAAGCAAAGCUAUGUUGGAGAGGGCCAGACAGAGCGGGUUGUACCAGGACCUGAAGCAGUCCAUGCUCGGAGAGGGGCCACUACCUGUCCAAUGGGGUUUGUUUGAUGUUGUCAUGAUCGUUGGAGCGCUGAGUGUUGGUCAUGUCCAGGUUGGUGUAGUCAGAGAGAUGUGCAAGUCCACCAAACCAGGUGGCUUCAUUUGCAUGACAACCAGAAAUAACGAGGACAAUGUGGAAUACAAAGUCGCCCUGGAGUGUGAGCUGAAGCAGAUGGAGCAUGAAGGGCUCUUGACUUGUGUAGAGGUCACUGAGGUUGGAGACUGGGAGAGAGCGGUGUCAGAGCAAGAGGACGGCUAUAUAGCUGGAACCGUGUACCUCUAUAAGAAGCAAUGUAUGUAGAUGUGACAUUACACCAGGCAGCUACCUCUAAGGCUGAAAAAUUAAGCCAAAAAUUAAAGCCAUCAAAUAGCAGCUUGAGACUGAUUUUAGAACAGAGUGAAUCCACAUAAUGAAAUCCACACAUGGCAUCUGUACAGUCUGAGUCAGAUCCACCUCUCUCUCCUCCACAGCUCCAACCUCUCAACCAAAUAUUGUCAAUUCUGUCCCCAAAAAACAAGAUGACGACUGUUGAAAUGCCUAACUGGAAGCUUCAGUAUAGAAGUUCAAAAACCAGUGAAUAACGCCAUGGUUGCUAUCUUCAUAUGUGUACAGUCUAUGCAUUACACCAGCAAAGGUAAACAACUCAAGAAGAUGCAGAAUGAAGAUAUGAAGCUUUAUCUGCCAAUGUAAAUGUAAGACUGGAAAUGUUCAUGACUAAAUGUUUCUUUUUUGUAAUUAAGGUUUUUUAUUGAACACUAUUAAACAAAUUAAGUUUAAUAAUGUUCUGUUUUUAUCGAAUACACUGAUUCUUUAGAAAAUGCUGAUCAGUCUCUGGACAGCUGCCUCGAAGACAAAUGUCUAUACGUUUACUGCCUGUAUCAAAUAAUGUGAUUCUGAAUCUGACCUCCUUCUUGUUU